UAGUACAGCUAAUGGGCUAAUCAGGUUCAAAGAACAUGAUAAAGAACCCAAGCCCCCAUAUAUAUUAAUCCUGUUUUCCUACCCAAAACCAGCAGUCACCAAAGAGUUAAAAAGAUAUUAUAGUUCUGAAGAAGAUAUAUUUUUUCCAAGAAAGUUAAAGAUUUCAAAGAGAGGCAUCAAGAGAUCUUUCUUUAACGAAGAAUUGUAUGCUGCGUUCGGGAAGGAAUUUUCUUUUUAGGAAAAAAAAAACACAAUUCUGGAGAAUUUAUUCAGAGAAAAAUGGCACACUUGGUUCAGAGGUCCGGCAAGGCGGUAGCUACUGAGAAAACAAACUUUGCCCAGACGUGCAAUCUGUUGAGCCAAUAUUUGAAAGAAAGAGGCAGCUUUGGAAAUAUUACCUAUGGAAUAACCUCGAAGCCUGAAGCUAAUAAAGGUCCUGAAGCAUCAAGGACACCUGCAACAACAUUAAAUCUACUUCCGAGCAUGGAAAAUCCAGCUGAGAAUUCAUCAAGACAAGACUAUGUUCCAUCUACAAACAUAAAACCCAUGGAAUUGUUCCCACAACUGGUGGGGUUUUCUUCUCAAAAUCCUGUUGAAGGUUCCACUAACAAGGCUGCAGAUUUGAGGAAAUCUUCAAAAGGAGAUUCCACAACUGCACAAAUGACUAUAUUUUACGGCGGACAAGUUAUGGUAUUUGAUGAUUUUCCGGCUGAGAAGGCCAAAGAGAUCAUAGCUUUAGCUAGCAAAGGAACAUCUAACACUACAAAUGGAUUUACUACAGCUUCUGCCGUGGAAAAAGCUAAUCAGUCAGCCAUUGCUCCUCCCCCCAAUAAGGUCCGGGAGGGACUUCAGUUGCGACCUCAAGCUGAUGAUUCAGAUUUGCCUAUUGCUAGAAGAGCAUCACUGCAUCGGUUCUUUGAGAAGAGGAAAGACAGGGCGGCAGCAAAGGCACCAUAUCAAAUAAACAACCCAUCAUCGUCACCUCCUCCUCCUCCUCCUCCUCGUCCCAGACAUGAAGGAGAAAGGAACAUCGUUUUUAUUGACUUAGAAUGCCAAACAUCAGAACAGCAGCUUGACCUCAAGUUAUAGUUAUUUUUGCUAAUCAUCCUAUACAAACUACGUAAUUAGGAUACUGUAAUGACGUUUUAAUUUAAGUCCCAAGUUCUGAACUAUUCUUGUUAGGUUCUUUUCUCUUUUUGUUUUGCUUUCCUAUUAUUCUUUAAUGGUGAAGAGCUUUGUAAUUAAUUUAGUUAACUUCUAUCAACCGUAUUCUUUACAACUUGUAUUAAGGGUAAUCAUUUCAUUAUUAAAGAUUUCAAAGUAAUUCUUGAAUUACUUA